UAGCAAACACUGAAUUUCGUUGCCUUUUGCGGCUUUUAUUUGCCUGGACAACUGGAUAGAAAUUGCUGGCCCCCAUUGCUGCAUUUAAGAUGAGCGAAUUUCAGACGUGGCUCAACGAUCAGCUCCGUCAGCUUAAUACAGAUGAGAGCGUCUUUGGUGCAUACAUCAUUGGCAUUCUCGAGGGCGAGGAGGAGACACAAGAUGAGAAAAUCGAGGCACUCGAAGGGAUACUCAGCGGCACAGAGGCCUCCAACAUAGAGGAAUUGGUGGCCAGCAUCUUGCAGAAAUGGUUACAGAGCCAUCCCAGCGCCGAUGAGCCGCCCAAGAAGGGCCUGGACAUCGACGUCAAUGCACAGCUAGCCAAAUUGCUCGAGCAGCAGAAGCUCCAACCCGCCGUCAAAGAGCGCGAAUAUACCGAAGAGGAACUGCGCAUUAAGCAGCAAAUACUAGCGCAAUACUCACAGACUGCUGUCAGCGAGGAGGAGGACGAGAACACAGAUGGCGAAUGCGGUGAGCCCAGCGGGGCCAGUGUCGUGGCGCCCAACACCAACAAGUCGGAUGUGGCCAAUCUGGCCAAGGAGAAGCGUGAGCAGGCGCGUCUGGAGAGUGCGGCCAAGAAGCAAAAGGACAAAGAAGAUCGCGAAAAGCAAAAGCAGCUGCGCGAAGAAAAGAAAGAGAAACGCAAAACCGUCAAGGGUGAACGACGCCGGUAACCGGCCCCCCCUCAACCAAAAACCGAAA